AUGCUGCUACGAUUAGCGUCAACAGCUUUGUCGGCUCUUCUGAUGGCAUUGACGACCGUGCUGGCCGCUGAAGUAGAAUUCGAGAACGCUCUCACAGAGAAGCCAACGAUAGAAUGUGGACAUGGACGAUUAUCAGUGGGUGUGAGCACCUCAAAAGAACCGCCAUCUCACGUGUUCGCUAAAGGACAUUUCAAUCGACCAGAUUGUUCAUUCAGAAAUACCACACAUGUUGUGUUCGAUUUUGAGAAAUGUGAUGUGAGCCGGAAGCGAGAGGUUAAUCCUCGUGGUAUGGCGUUUAGCAUGACGGUUGUUGUGCAAUUGCACCCACUCUUCAUCACCAAAGUCGACCGGGCAUACCAUGUCCGCUGCUUUUACAUGGAAGCCGAGAAAGCCGUUGGAGCACAGAUUGGCGUAAAUGAACUUACAACUGCGGUGGUGUCCGGAGAAAGUGAAAAACCUACAUGUCGAUAUACACUUCACAAGGAAUCACCCAAUGGACCGUUGGUCAAGUUAGCACAGGUCGGUGACUUGAUUUAUCAUGUCUGGGAUUGUCCGUCGGAGGUGUACGGUAUGAUGAUCCAUGACUGCUCGAUUGUUGACGGACAAGGCAACAAUCAUACAGUAAUCGACUCAUUAGGAUGCUCAACUGAUACUUUUCUAAUGCCUGAGCUCACCUACUCCGCUGAUCUCACAAGGUCUUUCACGGCUGCAAGCGCUUUCAACUUUCCCGAUCAACAAUCAGUAUAUUUCAACUGCCAAGUGAGAAUAUGCUAUAAACUUGAUGAUGGAUGCGCUAGUAUCACGCCACCACAGUGUGGGCUCAUCACUGCGCAAGAAGACACGCUCGCAAGUGAUCUCGAUAACGAUCAACUGAUCACUUCGUCAACUGAUUCGACAACAACUAGCACAACCCCGUCGUCAACGACUGCAUCUGUGACAACCGAAGCACCAACGACUACAAGCACACCUCGAACAACUACGGUAUUCACGACGGUUACAGAGCUGAUGUCCACUAGUGCCCCAACGACGAUUGCCACAAUUCUCAACGCCACAGAAUUCCCAACGCCUGAAUCACUGCAGAAUUUCCUUAGAAACGCCGACAUUAGUGACACCGGAAUCGCAGCGUUGGAGGAUAGCGUAACGGAAGGUUCAGGAAUUGAAAUCGCUCAACCGACGCCUACGCCAGUGUCAUUGAUUCGUGCCGAUCACAUCCCAGAACAUGAUGGUGACGUCGUCGAAAAUGAUGUAGUACAGCUGAAACGUGAGAUGCGACGUCGAGAUGCCGAUGCCAUCGAUGUGGACAUCACGUCACCCGAAUUAACUAUCAUUGAUAAGGAUAUUGCUGCUGAACUGCCGGAGGCCCUUCAUUCCACAUCGCCGCCCGCUCCGACGCCUUCCGUCUGCGUCCCGCUCAUCGGUUUCUGGUUACUUGCAGCUUUGAUCGUUCUCUGCUGUUCGAUAAUCGCUGCCUCGUUGUGCUACGCUCAGAAGCAACGCGACAAGUUCCACAUUAUGCCAUGA